AUUAUUUUUGACAAAAUAUCCUUUACUGAGCACUAUGUCAAAAUCUUGUUUAUUAGUGAAAUUUGUCCAGUUAAUUGAGUAUUAACGCCUUGAGGUGUAGAUUAAAUCUACACCUCAAGGUCAGUGUUAAUAGGCCAAAUGUAAAUGAGGUCUCUAUAAUACAUAUAUAUAUAUAUGGUAGCUACAGUGAAUAAUACUAAUUCAAUACUGUACAUAUAAGCUUGCUUCAUUUCUUAGUUACUACAUGUUACAGGUGAGAUCCAGGUAUGAGUAGAGUUGCACCCAAUCCUCUGAUUCCAGUGUAUCUCAGGUCUUGUUAUAAAAUGAAUUGAACACUGAACCAAUACUCACUAACAGAACUAUAGAGUCAUGAAGACAGUCAUCUCUAUUGUGUUCUUGACUGCAUGCAUAGCCAAUGCAAUGGGUGCUUGGCCUAUUUCUGUUGAUAUGGACUGUCAUCAAUCUGUCUCAUUUCUUGGUUGUUCCUUUGGUUUCCUCAAUGCAGAUGAUGAUGAGUAUUACCUCCUCCAGCGUAACACUCCACUUGAAGGGCUCAACUCUCCUUUUGUCCAGGUAUCUCUUAAUGAGGCUCCUUUGCAGUAUGAAGGUCGCUAUGUUUAUCGUACUCCUCCAUCAAAAGACGAGUACAUCCUCCUUAAACCAGGGCAAAGGGUUGCAGCUAGUGUUAGAAUCAAUGACAUAUUCAGUCUUCACUCUGAUGGUCUUUAUGAUAUAAAGUACAAUAAACCACUACAGGUUCUUUCAAAGGAUGAAAUGGGCUUGGGAAUGAAGGGCAGUGAGGUGGAAGUUAGUGAAUCUGUCUCUAUCUAUCUUGAGAAUGUUCAUCUCUUCUCCAGUCCUGUUAGAGAGCCAGUGGGCCAGGAAGAGGGUAAUAUUGUUCACAUUGAGUCAUGCACUCUUGCUGUGUACAUUGGAGGUACUAAGAAGGAGAGAUCUGAUACAACAGCAGCUCAUAAGAAGCUCUGUGCUGGUUUUGAUAAAGUGAAGGCUAAAGUCCGCAAUGAUAAAAACUACACUACAUGGUUUGGUGCGCAUACUGCUUCACGUGCUAACAAAGUUAAAGGUGUCUAUCAGAAAUGCAGAGAUGGUAUCUCACAAAACACGGUCACCUACAACAUCAAGCCAAGUAACUGCAAGUCAAACUGGUAUGCUUACACUUAUCACAACUCUCGUACCGUUUUUCUCUGCAACAUUUAUUUCCGUGAUCCAGUAGCCUGUCGCACUAGUGGUACCAGUAAAGAAGGUACGCUGGUACAUGAAUGGACUCAUGCUUUUGGACUCACAGAAGACUAUGCAUAUGGAAAGACUAACGUGAAGAACCUGGCUAAAUCUCAUCCGGAUAGAGCUGUCGAUAACGCUGAGACCUACGAGUUUUACUACUGCCGCAGUAAGUGAUGUUGGAUAUUAUGGAACAGUAAAAGUAGCUUUGAUGAUAGUUAGUUUUGGCCUUGUUUUAUUAACAAUUAAAUUCAAUGUAAAAAUGUCAACAUUAAGCUCCAAAAGGCUUAGAGCCAUCCAUCAUGCAACAAUACAGUAGCAAUGUGUUGUGACGUGCAGCUAUAGACAUACUAGGAUAAUGAAUCAAAAUGGGCAAGUUUUAAUUUGUAACAAAUACACACAAACAAACAAACACAAUAAUUUUUCAAAAGUAGG